AUGUCUAUAAACCCACUCAUUCAAAAUACAUGCGCACCAUGCACCCUCGACGUAGCCGCAACCUCAUCGCGCCGUCUUCACGCUGACUGGCUCCUUGGCAUCAAACGUCGGCUGGCGGCAUGCAAUCUAUAUAAUAUGUACUCACGGCACGAAUGCUGCCCUCCCGGACCUGCCACAUAUCCUGCCACAUCCUGCCACAUCCUGCCCCAUACUCCAGCACGCACACUGUACCAAACAACCCAACCAAGAGUAAAAUUCCCCUUCUCAAUCCGGAUCCCGUCUGUUUGUAAAUGA